AUGACAGUAUUGAAACGAACCAAGCCACAAACAGUGAAUCCAUUCACCAUGAUGUCCAUACCGUGCAAGCAGCACGAAUGCUCGGAAACCGAAGACGAGACCACUGAUCACUCAGAAGAUCCUCUGAGCCUCUCGGAGUCGAGCAGCUUUAGCAGCUGGGAUACAGGCCUGGAUGUCCCUGCUAUAGACAGCAGCUUCAGACAGAUGAAGGUAGACAUCAUCCCAGAAUCGCAAGCUAACCCUAUUAGACGAAGCUGCCUCAAGAGAAGAGGAAGCAAACGCCGAGCGAGCAUCAAGCAGACAGGAGAAAUGGAACUUAACCUACCUAUGCUCGGCUCACCAGUACGAAAGCGAACGUGUGUUUCCUUCAAAAACUCUGUCAAGGUCAGACACGUCGUUCCAGUCUACAAACUCACUCACGACAAGGAAUCCUUGUGGUUCCAAGCUUCCGAAUACAUUCGGAUUGAAAAACGAUGCCACCUUAUUGCCCAAAAGGUAAUGCGCGGUGAAGACCACAAUGGUCGUGCACUUUGCAGCAGAGGUCUGGAGUCUCUCAUGUGCCCACACAGAAGAAGAGACUCCAAGUUUGAUGGAUGGCUCAGCGUCUUUGCCGAGCAAGGACUGCAACGACAGGAGGGACACCACGAUGAUGACAAACUGAGAAUAAUGUACCGGGCCACUGCUAUGGCAUCGUCUAUUGAGGCCCAGAAACGUGGUAUGGAUGACGAGCAAGACGUAGAAAAGUACAUGCUUGCCACCCGUGCCAUGUGCGAGAAACUAAAGUUGAUGAACGAAGUACGAACACGAAUCGUGCUCGCAUAA